AUUUAGAACUAAGAAAACAGACGGAUCCUUUGUUUUUAUUUCAGAAUUUACUGUCACCCCAGCCAUUUACAGAAUCCAUCGGCUAAUUUUGUGUGGUAAUACGUUAAUACAAACAUAUUGCAGAUACUUAGCGGACGUACCAGCACAUUUUUGUGUGACUAAUCUAAAUUCGUCUGUUCGAAGUUUUAAAAAUUUAACUUCAUGUAUUCUAGCUGGAAGAACAACAUCUUACCUCAAAACGGAGCUAGCGGUGAAUAAAACGAUGGUUAAAAUGACAUGCAAAAUCUAGAAUACACUCACUUUUUAACAUGUCGCUAAGUACGAAGUUGCAGAGCCAACCCGCCCCACAGAACACCAAGAACAGAGCACGCAGCACAGAAGCCAGCCCGCCCCACAGACCGGCGCCGCCCCGCCGUCCCCGUCGCCGGUGAGAUGGCUUCGUCGGCGGAGUACCCCGCCGCCGACGAGAACCUGGAGGCCAUCAUCACCCGCAUCGAGCAGAAGUCCCGCAAGAUCGAGACCCUCCUCAAGCAGUCGAAGCCGGUGGAGGCCCUGAAGACGGCGCUCGAGGGCUCGCCCCUCAAGACCCGCGACGAGCGAUGCAAGUCGGCGAACUGGAUUGUGGUGCACCGCGCGAUGAUGGCGAUCAGGGACGUCGACGGAAUGUUCAACUCCCUGGAUCCAGAGUACUACGACAUCCUCAUGAAGUACCUUUAUAGAGGUUUAUCUACGGGGGACAGGCCAACAUGUGACCAGUGCCUCAAAAUUCAUGAAAAACUGACUGAGAAGGCAGGCUUAGGAUGUAUAUUGCGGUCACUUGCUGAUACUGUAAACACUGUAUGAGCUUCAUCGCCGCGGAGGGUGGACAGCACAAAGUUUGCUCCCUGCUCUAUGCUGUGAAAAAAUAACAUCAAGACAAAUUAGUUGUAUGGAAAAUUGUUAACUAAAUGUUUUAGUUGCUCUCUUUCUCUUUGCCAUCUGGCAGUUUUAAAUAGAGCAUCAUUGUACUUUACUAGAAUGGCUGAAGUUAUGUAGAAUGAAGUUGUUUUAAACUCUUUGUACCAGACCGUUGGUUUUUUUGACUCCAGUUAAAUUUGAAGGGGAUUUCUGUACCAUUAGAACUAACUAGAAGUCUGGAACAAUUGCUUCAAUUGCUGUUAGGCUUCCCAAUUUAUGGUUUUGUUCUU